GAGCUUUAGAGUUGUGCAAAGAGAAGAAGAUUAAUAGCUGCACUGAUUCUAAGCAGGUUUCUUGAAUGGUGCAGGCCCUUGAAGCCAUUUGAAAAGAAUAAAGUAUAUUAACGGCACAAGGAAGGCAGAUUAAACGUGAUGCUCCAGUUGCUGGAAGCUGUGCUGUUGCUAGAAAAGUUGCCAUCAUGCGUUGCAAAGGGCCUCAGAAGGGAAACGCUGAUCAGGAAACUGGAAAUAAAUUGGCAGACGCCGCUGUAAAAUCAGCCACUGAAAGGACAGAGACCGGUACAGAAGCCGCGUCUCUGAGCCCAGGUGGCCGUGUCCUCCAGCCAACGUCAGGAAACUGUAACAAAGAGGAUAAGCAAUUAAUAGGAGAUUUAUAGCUGAAUCAGAAUUAGGGUCCAAAGGAGCCGUCACUGGUGACGGGAGAGCAGCGGCGCCUCGCGGCGCGGGGAGCUGAUGCGCUCUGUCGAGAUCAGACGAAAAGGUAAGAGUGAAUUUAGAAACUCUGUGCGAACGAGGCAAUGGGAAACGUGCUUAGAAAACCAUCUUAAUAGUAUAUACAGGGUACAGACAGGAGCAGCUGGACGAGGGAAAUGUACCAGGGCAACACUGGCAAAGAGAGUUCCCCAAGCUGCCUGGAAAAGGGGGGUGUCGAUACCGGCCGGCACGAACGGCUCCCUUCUCGGGUCGGCCGGAAGCGUUGCCGUGCCGGGGGGCGGCUGCCGGCCUGCAGGCCAGGGGCUGCGGCUGUUUGGGGGGCUGCCCCCGCUUUGUUUUCCUAGGGGAGCCCCCCCCACUUUCGGGGGCUUGUGGGACGUGCACGUGUAAAUGACACGGUGUUCCCAGCUGCUCUGUUCUCUGCCUUGUUUUUUCAGAUGCCUGUCCCUGUUUUCUCUUCCCGCUUUUGAAGAGAAGCUGCCGAGUUAGCGUACGCUGCGGUGAAGUUCUACAAGAUGCAGCCCUCAGGAACCGGUUGACGUGAGGGAAAUGCUUUCUGACCGCCUGCGCGGUGAGGGGAUGUUUUUAACCUUUUAGCUCCUUCUGCAUGACAAGAGGGAGACGUAAGUAACACGUUGUUUAGAAGCUGAGAGCUUAGUUUGUAUUUAACUAAUAAUUAAGAGAUGUGUUGUCAGCGAGAAACUAAACGAUUAUAACUAACCUCAUCAAAUGAAGUAAAGAAUGCGGCUUAGCAGCGCUGCUGACUCUGCCGUCCCGUUUCCUUCCCCGUUUCAGCCGGCGAGGCGGCCGGAGGACCCGCUCUGUGCGGCCGCGGGGCCCACGGAGUCGAGGGCUUUCUCGGCGCGCCCCGGGGAUUUCUCUGGAGAGACUCCUCGUCUCGGUCGCAUCGCCACGGGGACGGACGAGGACCUCUGGCGAGGGGUCUUUCUUCGCUGGAGCCGGGACCGGGCACGCGCUCGCGAGGCGUCCAGGGGGAGCUGUGACCGCCCCCGUGCUCAGCAGACCCCCCAGCCCGGGUGGGGGGAGCAGCGCCGGAGCGGGAGAUGCGGCACCGUCCUCUGUCCCCAGCGUGCCGGGGGGCGGCUGCCGGCCUGUGGGACGUGGCUGCGGCUGUUCGGGGCACUGCCCCCCCAUUUUUGGGGGCUCUGGUUGUGGUGGUGCGGGUCAGGGAUCCCCAGGCUGUGCCGAGACCGCAGGACGGCUGCUGGUGGAACAAAGUCAAGGACAACUUCUCAGAAACGCAGCGCUGGUCCGAGUUCCCCAGCACACGUGUGUGUGUCCAGCCGGGUACGCUGGGGGAGCGCGUCAGGGCGGGCAGACGGCUGAAUGGACGCGCUGUCAGCGACUGCGGAACGAGCUGGGGCUGCUUUGACCGUGUCCAGCCUUGUGCGUGUGGUUUGUUUUCACUUGCAGGCUGAAACAGCAGUUUCCUUAAUUAAAAACACCCCAACAUGUCCCCCAACCCCCAACAAAAAUAACGCCAAAAAUGCCACUGAAAGAAACACAGGGAGUUUUUAAAAAAUUUCCUUUAGCUUUCUCCCCCCGCCAGCCCGCCCUGCUGCGUUCAGUGCAGUGAAUGACCGUGAGGAGAUGGCUGUGGAUCUGGCUGUUGAAGGGUGUGUGAAGGAGAAGGAGGUGUGUGUAGAGCAGGAUUGGUGGUGGAGGUGAGUGCAGCUGGUUUGGGUGUGGGGCUGUAAAUUCUUUUUGGAGGCUUCCUAGUUUCUGGUGUCACCUGCGGGGUGAAGUGUGACUCUGUGUGCAGGUUUGAAAGGUGCAACGUGCAGAGCUCCCUCAUUUGCCACCAGAUCUCCCAAUCACAGAGACAGCGUCGCUGUGCAGCUGCUAAGGACAGCGCGUCUCGUGCAGAACAGCAUCCUUUGUGCUCCGUGUGCGUGUUCCUCCUUUGAAAUGAAGUUGGGCCGCCCGGUGUUCCACGUUACGUGUGGUACCUGCUGGGCUGAGUCUCCUCCCCACGCUCCGGUCGGUUCCGUCGCGCUGCCGCAGCCCCGGCAGCACCGCGGCGUUCGCUGGACGCGUUGUUGGCGGAGCCAGCACCGACAAUCUUGACACGUCGAGGCGCUGUGGUGGAUUUGCCUGGAAAUUCCAAGGUCCUGGUGUUUUAUUAUUUGAACUACUUACUUACUGUAAGACGUUUAGAAUUAAAACUUAAAUAAGAGCAACCAGAAGAGUCUUUGGGAGUAAAUAAUGCCUGUCAUCUACUCUAGCUGUUACUCAAAACUCUGCAGACAGUAAUUAUCCCCAAUUUAUGUAGUAAAAUUUUAAAGAGUGGAAUAUAAAUACUGGAGCACUAAUUGGAAGUAAUACCUGUAGAGAAAAAAACCUCUAGUUUAUAUCUAUAAUAAAAAAUAAUGUGUGCUAGUUAAUCCGCCUGGUAGUAAUGUAAUGAUAAAAAUGUUGAAGUGUAAAUAGAUGAAAUUAUAUAGGCAUGAGCAAUAAGUAAAUUUAAUUUCAGCUGUUACUUGGUGAACUAGGCAGCAGUUAUUCCCAAUCUGAAUGCUAGUUUAAAAAACACAUUGUUUGGAAUUCCUUUUAACUGAUAAAGGCAGAAAACUAAUGUGGAGUCAUUGGUAGCUACAUUUGAACAACCGUUAUGAAAUAAACCGCAGACAUUAAUGACUGCAUAGGAAACAAAGUGAGGAAGAUUUAAACAGCAUUGGAAAGUGAUCGGGAGUGUUUAGUAUUUAAACUAUAACAGAGCCAUGAGAUUGGAGGCAACAAAGCUCAGAACCAAACAGAGUCAAAACGUUACUUUUUUUUUUUUUUUUUAAGAGAAGUAUAAAGGAACCACUAAGUAGUGGCUGUUUAUAAAUAGAGAUAUUAAAAAGUUCCCAGGCAGUAAUGAUUCCCAACAGAACACUAAAAGAUAUUUAGAGGUAAAAUAAUAUUAGAAAACAAUUACGACAGUCUGAAUUUAAUCACAGCUUUUUUGGGGUUGUGCAAAAACAUGACCAGUAUUAAUUACCUCUGAGUUAAAAUAAAAAGACAGCAAACUAGAUGUGAUUAACAAAAGUUAAUUUUAAUUUUUCAGUGUGGUAUCCAGUCUGGCUUCUCCCUCCAAGGGCGUGGUCUGAGAAAGCCAGACCCCCAACUCCACCCCGUCCAAGCUCCGCCCCUGCCACUCUGUGCCCUCCCCGAGGCGCGUGUCCCUUACAGACCCCUCCCCUUUCAUCGCGCUCACCCCCCCAGAAGCAUGAUGCAUUGAAGCCCCGCCCACAGCUCCACCCCCAAACUCAGCCCCUGCUAAACCACGCCCCCUCAGAGCACGUGCUAUACAGAGCCCACCGUUCUCUCGGCUCCACCCCUCCCUUCCUAAGCUACGCCCCCUUCGGGCGUGUCCCUCUCCCUACCCCAAGAGGCUCCUCCUAUGGGGGCGUGACACACGGAGCCCCCACCCCCUGUCCAGUUCCCCCAGGUGGGCCUCCCAAUGGGCGUGUCCUCCCAGUCCCCGCCCCUCAGCACUGAUCCCACCCCCGUGGGUGGGGCUACACCCAGCUGCGCGCGGGGCCCCCCCACCCAUACAUGACCCCUAAGUAACCCCAUGGCAGCCCUAUGGCUGCCCCACAGGUACCACUAUAGCAGCCCUGCUCCUGCCCCGCAAGAGCUCCAGACACGCCUCUGCAGAGCCCCCACAGGCUAUCACCGCAGCCGCCCCAUCCCGCCCCACGGCCGCCGCUGCGGGACCCCUGGAGCCCCCGGCCCCACACCCGCCCCGCAGCCCCACAGCGCGUGGUCUCGCGGCCCUGGUGCCGGUGAAGCCACGUCCUGGCCGCGGCCGGAGGAGCCGCCGCUUUUCCACCCCCCACAUCCCCCAAUCGCUGCUGCUGUCGCUGCCGGAGGAGCCGCCGCGGCCGGAGGAGCCACCAGUUUUCCGCCCAGCCCCGACUCUCCUCCUUCCUCCUCAAUCGCCGCUGCAUGCCGCAAUGACACCUCCUCUUCCGCCAUCUUGUCUCCCCCUUCUGGGCUCAUUCGCUAUUUUAUACUGAGGGAGGGAGGAGACGGUCUCUGAUUGGCUGACGGUGUCAGCUGCGGAAGUCGCCCAUUGGCUCAUCCCCACGAGGGGUUCUCCGAGGGUGUGGGAGAAAGGCGCUGAUUGGUCACCGUGUCGCUGAGGGGAGGAAGGCACUGAUUGGCCACUUUCCGCCGAAGUUCGCCCUCCCAGUAACAGGCGCUGAUUCGCUAGCGCCCCUGAGGUAGAAAAGGCGCUGAUUGGUCGCCUUUUUCCCGCUGACGUUAGACGACAGCAACGAAGCGCUGAUUGGGCAGCGCUGCUGACGGGGCGGCUCGUCCAUUGGCCGGAGGGCGGGUAGGGGGCGGGACCGGGCGGGACAACGAGGUGAUAAAUGGGGCGGCGCAGAGCGCGCGCAGGACCAGAAAGGCUUGAGCGGCAGCGCUGGCGGGCCGGUUGAGCACCCCUCCCCCCCGCGAGAAACCCGAGAGCGGCAGGAACGGCGGCCGGAAUCAGUUAAGGGGGCGGGUUAGGGCGGUAAUUAUCGUGCCGGUGUUAAUUGGGGCUCGGCGGGUUAAUGAGUGACCGGCGGGCUGGGGUGUAUCUGGGGGUUUUGAUCGGAAUUGGGGUUUUAAAGACGCGGGUUUGUGAUGGGGGGGGGGGGGGGGGGGGCGAUUAAGGCUCCCGGAGCCGCUUUAGCGGUUUAAAUGGUUGUGUUGAACGCGGGAGGAGCCGGUUCGGGGCUUUUCUCAGCAAUCGGGGCUGGUUCGGGUCCAAUUCGGCUUUUAAAAGAUGUUUUUACGUAAUUUUUGGGUAUUUUUGGUGCCGAUUUGUGCCAAAAGGCGCCUUUAAAAUCUGUUUACUGAGGGUUUAUCAGGAGAAUUAAAGUUUAAAGCUCGGGGAGAUUUGGGGCUUUUCCCCGGGAUUUUGAGUCCAAAUCGGGUUUUUUUAGAGCCCUUAUUUAUUUAAAUUAUUAUGUUUAAAGGGUUUGUUUGAGGUUUUGUUUGGAACAUUUUGGGCGGGUUUGAGGCUCCUAAGAUUUAAUUGUUUGGUUUAUUAUUUGAUUUAUUAUUUCGCUGCGGUUUGGGCGGUUCGGGGCUCCUGAAGACGCUGAGUUGUUUCAAUUAUUUAGAGCUGUGAGGUGCCGUUUUGGGGCCGUUUGGGUCUAAAUCGGCUUUUUAAAAGGUUUAUUUAAUGCGUUUAAAGUUUGAGGGGCCGAUUUGCGACUUUAAAGCUUUUUGAAUCUACUUAUUGAUAAGAAUUUAUACAAUAGAUUAAUAUUUAAAGCCCGGGGGGAGAUUUGGGGCUGUUUCCCAGGAUUGCGAGUCCAAAUGCGUUUUUUUCUGUUAACCGCUUAUUAAUUUAAAUUAUUAUAUUUAAACGGGGCUUUUUGAUGUUUUAUGAGGUUUUUUUUGAGCAUUUUGGGCGGUUCUGAGGCUCCUAAAGCUGCUUAAUUGUUUAAAUUAUUAAUUGUUAAAAUAAUGUAAGUAGUUGUUGAAAUAAGCGUGUAAGUUAUUGUAUUUAAAGCCGGGAGGGGCAUUUCGUUGCUUUUUGGGGGGGUUUUAGGGCUGAAUUCACUUUAUUGAACGUGUCUAGAGCUGGGGGUCCCAGAUCUGGUGCUGAUUUGGCCCCAAAAAAAGCUUUAAAAAUCUAUUUAUUUAUAAUUUACUGAAUUAAUAUUUAAGCGGGAACAAAUUCGGCUUUUUUAACCCGCCGCCAUUUUGUCUCCCCCGUCCCGCUCUCCCCUCACGCUGAGGGGGCCGAGGAGACGCUCGCUGAUUGGCCGGUGCCGUCUGGCGGGAAAGCCUCCCCCGGCUCAGCCCCGCUCGGCUGUCUCCGAGGGAGAGAAAGGCGCUGAUUGGUCGCUGCCUCUGAGGAGAGAAAGGCGCUGAUUGGUCGCCGCCUCCCUAAACCCACCUCCUGCGCAGAGAACAGCGAAGGCAGCCUGGCCACGCCCCCUCCGGCUGACCGCGCCCCCCCCUCCGGCUGACCGCGCCCCCCCCUCCGGCUGACCGCGUGUACCCCCCCCUUGCAACUCGUCUGACCACGUGCCCCCCCCCCCAACUCCAGCUGACUGUGCCCCCCCGCCCCCCCCGGCUGACCGCGCGCCCCGCCACUGCACUCCUGCUGACUGUGCGCCCCCCCCACCUCCUCCGGCUGGCCACAUCCCCACUGCACACCAUGGCGGGGAUGGGGCGGGAGGGGAUCACAAGGGUCUAUGGGGCGGUGUAGGGGUCAGGGCGGCUGUGGGGUCAAUGGGGUUGUUGUGGGGUGAAACACCCCUGAAGAGGCUGAACACCCUGCAGGUGAGUGAACUACACAGUGCCCCACAGUGCCCCAUAGCACCUCCAUUCUGCCCUACAGAUCCACAACACUGCCCCACAGCACCCUAUAGCUCCUGCUUGCUGUCCCACAGCACCCCAUGGCUUUUCCACUCUGCCCCAUAUGUCUACAGCAGUGCCACAGAGUACCUCAUAUGUCUUCCACUCUGCCCCAUGGGUGCAGAGUGCUGCCCUACAGCACCCUAUGGGUCCUGUACUCUGCCCCAUAGAUCCACAGUGCUGUCCCACAGCACUGUAUAGCUCAUCUGGCCUAUAGACCCAAUGUACUGCCCCACAAUGCCUCAUAGCUCCUACACUCUGCCCCAUAGACCUACAACACUGCCUCACAACACCCCAUUGCCUCACAACACUCCAUGCUCAUUGCCCCAUGGAUGCCCAGUACUGCCCCACAGCACCAUAUAGCUCCUGUACUCCGCCCCAUACAUCCACAGGAGUGCCCCACAGCACCCCAUGGCUCCUGCACUCUGCCCCAUGGAUGCCCAGUACUGCCCCACAGCACCAUAUAGUUCCUGUACUCUGCCCCAUACAUCCACAGGAGUGCGCCACAGCACCCCAUAGUGACUCUACUCUUCCCCAUAGACCCACAGUGCUGCCCCACAGGACUCUACUCUGCCCCUUAGACCCAGAGAGCUGCCUCACAGCAGCCUGUAGGUGCUGCGUUCUGCCCCAUUGGUGCAAAGUGCUGCCCCACAGCGCCCCACACCUCUGUCCACCUGACCACCCACCCCUCCUGACUAUGCUUGCACUGCCCACUAUGGGUGGGUCACAAGGGUCUAUGGGGUGGUGUGGGUGUCAGGGGGGCUGUGGGGUCAAUGGGGUUGUUGUGGUGUGAAACACCCCUGAAGAGGCUGAACCCCCUACAGGUGAGUGAACCGCAUGCUGACCCACAGUGCCCCGUAGCACCUCAGUUCUGCCCUACAGAUCCACAACACUGCCCCACAGCACCCUAUAGCUCCUGCUUGCUAUCCCACGGCACCCCAUGGCUUUUCCACGCUGCCCUGUAUGUCUACAGCAGUGCCACAGAGUACCUCAUAUGUCUUCCACUCUGCCCCAUGGGUGCAGAGUGCUGCCCUACAGCACCCUAUGGGUCCUGUACUCUGCCCCAUAGAUCCACAGUGCUGUCCCACAGCACCCUAUAGCUCCUCUGGCCUAUAGACCCAAUGUACUGCCCCACAAUGCCUCAUAGCUCCUACACUCUGCCCCAUAAACCCACAACAGUGCCCCACAGCACACAAGACAUCCUCCACUCUGCCCCGUAGAUCCGCAGCACUGCCCCACAGCACCAUAUAGUUCCUGUACUCUGCCCCAUACAUCCACAGGAGUGCCCCACAGCACCCUAUAGUGACUCGACUCUUCCCCAUAGACCCACAGUGCUGCCCCAUAGCACCAUAUAGCUCCUGUACUCUGCCCCAUACAUCCACAGGAGUGUGCCACAGCACCCCAUAGUGACUCUACUCUUCCCCAUAGACCCACAGUGCUGCCCCACAGGACUCUACUCUGCCCCUUAGACCCAGAGAGCUGCCCCACAGCAGCCUGUAGGUGCUGUGUUCUGCCCCAUUGGUGCAAAGUGGUGCCCCACAGCGCCCCACACCUCUGUCCACCUGACCACCCUUCCCUCCUGACUACGCCUGCACUGCCCACUAUGGGUGGGUCACAAGGGUCUAUGGGGCGGGUGUGGGGGUCAGGGGGGCUGUGGGGUCAAUGGGGUUGUUGUGGUGUGAAACACCCCUGAAGAGGCUGAACCCCGUACAGGUGAGUGACCCACACAGUGACCCACAGCAGCCCAUAGCCCCUCUGCCCUAUACAGUCACUGCACCCCAUAGCUGCUUUUACUCUGCCCCAUAAAUGGACAGCAGUGCUCCACAGCACCCUAAGUCUCCACUCUGCCCCAUAGACACACAGUGCUGUCCCACAGCACCCCAUAUCUUGUUCACUCUGCCCUAUAGACCCACAGUGUAACCCUACAGCACCCCAUAGUUCCUCUGCCCUAUAGAUCAACAGCCCUGUCCCAGAAAACACCAUAGCUUUUUCCCACUAGCCCAUAGGCCAGCAGUUCUGCCCUACAGCACACUAGCUCCUGCACCCUGCUCCGUAGACCCACAGCAGUGCCCCACAGUGCCCCACACAGCUGGUCUGCCCUAUACAUCCACAGCACUGCUCUGCAGCACCAUAUACUUCCAGCACUCUGGCCCAUUGAUAUGUAGCACCCCACAGUUUCUGCAUUCCACCCAUAGAUUGACAUUCCUGGGUCCCCUCACCCCACCAGAUGUCCUGGGUUGCGAUGCUGCAUGGGGCCCUGUGCACAACAAAAUGAGGACAGCAUGGCUGCUGGGCUCCACCCUGCUUGGAAUCCAAGAUGGCUGGGGGGGGAAGGGCUGGCAGCCAUGCCGGCACUGCCGGAGGGGCUGUUGGUCUGCGCCGUGCUCAGGCGGCAGCUCCCGGCUGUAUCCGCUGCCCCUGUGGCCCUGCACCCUGCCCAUGGGAACAAGGUGGCUGCCCUGAUGGGCGUGGCCAUCUCGGCUGCUGUGUUGGGUGGGGCCAUGGCUGUCGUGGCUGCCAAGCCUGUGCUGGAAGGGUGGCGCUGAGGUGGGCGGGGCCUGCCUAGGGUGGCCAUUUUGGGGUGGGGCCCAAGGUGGGUGGUGGGGCCUGUGGCUCUGUUUACCCCUGAUGGCCAUCUUGGAAAAGGGCAGCGCCGUGCCGCUGCCAUCCUGACAUUACUCCCCCAGGGCCGUGUUGGGGGAUUUUUAACCUGGUUUUGGGGCCAAUUCUCACCCAAUAAAAUUAAAUAAUGUAAAAAAA